AUGGGGAGCCCCCGGGCCGCGCUGCUCCUGCUGCUCCUGCGCCCGGUCCGGCUGCUUCGGAGACGCUUCCGCCUGCUGCUGGUGCUCGCCAUGGUGUCCGUGGGACUCUGGACCCUUUAUCUGGAGCUGGUGGCGUCGGCCCAGGUCGGCGGGAACCCCCUGAACCGGAGGUAUGGCAGCUGGAGAGAACUGGCCAAGGCUUUGGCUAGGAGGAACAUCCCAGCAGUGGAUCCAAAUCUCCAAUUCUAUCAUCCCCAGAGGCAGAACCUCGAGGACCAAGAAAUUGAUGGAGAUGGGAGCAGGAAUAGUAGCUUCUUGAAGUGGAAUAAGCCUGUCCCUUGGCUCUCAGAGUUCCGGGGCCAUGCCAACUUGCAUGUGUUUGAAGAUUGGUGUGGUGGUUCUGUCCAGCAGCUCAGGAGGAACCUGCACUUCCCACUGUACCCACACAUCCGCACAACCCUGAAGAAGCUGGCUGUGUCCCCCAAAUGGACCAACUACGGCCUCCGCAUAUUUGGCUACCUACACCCCUUCACUGAUGGGAAAAUCCAAUUUGCCAUUGCUGCAGAUGACAACGCUGAAUUCUGGCUGAGCCAUGAUGACCAGGUCUCAGGCCUUCAGCUGCUGGCCAGUGUGGGCAAGACUGGAAAGGAGUGGACUGCCCCUGGAGAGUUUGGGAAAUUUCGGAGUCAAAUUUCCAAGCCAGUGAGCCUGUCAGCCUCCUUCAGGUACUACUUUGAGGUGCUACACAAGCAGAACGACGAGGGCACAGACCAUGUGGAGGUCGCGUGGCGGCGGAAUGAUCCUGGAGCCAAGUUCACCAUCAUCGACAGCUCUUCGCUGUCCCUCUUCACAAAUGAGACCACCCUGAGGAUGGACGAGGUGGGCCACAUCCCGCAGACAGCAGCCAGCCACGUGGGCGCCUCCGACUCUCUUCCCAGGGAUGAACAGCCACCCGCCGACAUGCUGCGGCCUGACCCUCGGGACACCCUCUUUCAAGUGCCUCUGAUCCCCAAGUCCCGCCUCCGCCAUGUUCUGCCUGACUGUCCCUACAAACCCAGCUACCUGGUGGACGGGCUUCCUCUGCAGCGCUACCAGGGCCUCCGCUUUGUUCAUCUCUCCUUUGUUUAUCCCAAUGACUAUACCCGCCUGAGCCACAUGGAGACCCAUAAUAAGUGCUUCUACCAGGAAAAUGCCUACUACCAGGACAGGGUCAGCUUCCAGGAGUACAUCAAGAUGGACCAGCCGGAGAAGCAGAGGCCGGAGCAGCCAGGUUUUGAGGAAGACCUUUUAGAAGAAUCCCAGUAUGAAGAAGUGGCAGAGGAGACCCCUGCCUCCCAAGACCAGGACACAAGGACCCGAGAGGAAAAACCUACCUCCACCACCCCUGGGCGGAAUGUUACUGACUACCUUCCGCGAAGCCUGCGGAGGCUCCUGGCGCGGCUGCGAGGGGGCCCACUCCUGGCCCCCCUUUCCAAACAGAAUGCCACAUCUCUGCUCCCAGUGAGGACCAGUGAUAUCCCAGUCCAGCAGCCAGAGAAGAGGAAGAGAAAAUUCAGCCCUGAGCCCAGCCAUCACUUACCUCAUUCUGAUAAGGGGAUUGGGGGACACCGGGCAGGGAACCUGCCUCACAUUCAAAGGCCCAGGCCCACUGGUGACAGCCCUAGAAAGACUCUAGAGCAGUCCCAGUGGCUGAAUCAAGUAGAGUCCUACAUUGCAGAGCAGAGAAGGGGUGAUAGGAUGGGGCCUGAGGACCCCGAAAAGGACUGGCAAGGGGAGGAAGAAGAAGUGGUGGCUGCAGGCCAGAAAGGACAAGUGGAGGGAGAGGAAGGUGGGGAAGAAGACGUGGAGGUUGAGGACAUGAGUGAGAUGUUUGAAUAUGUGCCUGUGUUUGACCCAGUGGUAAACUGGGACCAGACCUUCAGUGCCCGGAAUCUGGACUUCCAAGCCCUGAGGACUGACUGGAUUGACCUGAACUGUAACACAUCCGGCAACCUGCUGCUUCCCGAGCAGGAGGCCCUGGAGGUCACGCGGGUCUUCCUGAAGAAGCUCAACCAGAGGAGCCGGGGGAGGUACCAGCUACAGCGUGUUGUGAAUGUGGAGAAGCGCCAGGACCAUCUGCGUGGGGGUCGAUACCUCUUGGAGCUUGAAUUGCUGGAGCAAGGCCAGCGCCUGGUUCGGCUCUCUGAAUACGUGUCCACACGAAACUGGCAGGGCAUCGAUCCAGCUGGUGGGGAGGAGUCAGAGGGCCGGAAUAUGCAGGGCCUAAUCUGGAGUCCUCACAAUCGGAGGCGAGUCCUGAAUGCCCGAGAUCCAGAGCCCAAGCUAUGCUGGCCCCAGGGUUUCUCCUGGAACCACCGAGCUGUGGUCCACUUCAUCGUGCCUGUGAAGAACCAGGCACGCUGGGUGCAGCAAUUCAUCAGAGACAUGGAGAACCUGUUCCAGGUCACUGGCGACCCUCACUUGAACAUCAUCAUCACAGACUAUAGCAGUGAGGACAUGGAUGUUGAGACGGCUCUAAAGAGAUCCAGGCUGAGGAGCUAUCAGUAUAUGAAGCUAAGUGGAAACUUUGAGCGCUCAGCCGGACUUCAGGCUGGCAUAGAUCUGGUGAAGGACCCGCACAGCAUCAUCUUCCUCUGUGACCUCCACAUCCACUUCCCAGCUGGAGUCAUCGAUACCAUUCGGAAACAUUGUGUGGAGGGCAAGAUGGCCUUUGCCCCCAUGGUGAUGAGGCUGCAUUGUGGGGCCACUCCCCAGUGGCCUGAGGGUUACUGGGAGGUGAAUGGGUUUGGGCUGCUCGGCAUCUACAAGUCAGACCUGGACAGGAUCGGGGGCAUGAACACCAAGGAGUUCCGGGACCGCUGGGGCGGGGAAGACUGGGAGCUGCUGGACAGGAUCCUCCAGGCAGGCCUAGAAGUAGAGCGUCUGUCUCUCAGAAACUUCUUCCACCACUUCCAUUCCAAGCGUGGCAUGUGGAACCGCCGUCAAGUGAAGAUGCCAUGA